AUGCCAACAAACAAGCCUCAUUCAGCCAGUCAGGUCUACCUGCUGACAUAUAAUACUGUCUGUGCGGCCCUUUGGCUUUAUAUCCUACUUGCCACGGCUUCCACGUUGAUCUCUUCCCGGGAUAUCUUAGCCGUGUACACGUCGCUGGAAGCCUGGACACGAUGUGCUCAAACCUUAGCUGUGGCUGAGAUACUGCACGCCGCAACAGGACUCAUUCGCUCUCCUGUUUUUACCACAUUUACGCAGGUUUUUGCCCGCUCCGUCCAGGUCUGGGGUAUUAACUAUGCAUACCCUGAUGUCACUGGGCCCUCGCUGGCCUAUUCGGCGAUGCUCCUAGCCUGGGCGACAGCUGAUGCGAUCCGGUAUUCGUAUUUUGCUAUUGCGUUGGCGGGAUAUCCCGUUCCGCGAGCUUUGAAAUGGUUGAGAUACUCUCUUUUCACAAUCUUGUACCCCGUUGGCAUCAGCAGUGAGUGGUGGUUGAUGUUUCAGGCGACCAAAUUCACGGAUAGCCAGCCUGUGGCGGCCCUUUUUGCCUUCUUCCUGGGUCUAUAUGUGCCUGGCUCUGUGAUGAUGUACUCGUAUAUGCUCAAGCAGAGACGUAAGGUUUUGGCUCGUGAGUAA